AUGAAUGGAACGAACACAUCUGUGGUGACCGAGUUCGUGCUGCUGGGACUCACCAGUUCCCACGAGCUGCAGCUGACCUUCUUUGUGAUUUUCUCUGUGUUCUACUUGGCCAUCGUUCUGGGCAACCUCCUUGUCAUCCUGGCUGUGACCUCCAACCCCCACCUACACUCGCCCAUGUACUUUCUUCUGGCCAACCUCUCCUUCAUCGACGUGUGCCAGGCCUCCUUCGCCACCCCCAAGAUGAUUGUCGACUUCCUUUCGGAGCACAAGACCAUCUCGUACAAUGGGUGCAUCACUCAGAUCUUCUUCAGCCACCUCUUCACUGGUGGGGAGAUGGUGCUGCUGGUGGCCAUGGCCUAUGACCGCUACGUGGCUAUCUGCCGGCCCCUGCGCUAUGUGACCAUCAUGAGCCGACAAUUCUGCAUCAUCCUCGUUCUGACUCCUUGGGCGGCUGGCUUCGUGCACACCCUAAGCCAAUUGGCCUUCACCUUCCACCUGCCCUUUUGUGGCCCCAAUGUGGUGGAUAGCUUCUUCUGUGACCUCCCUCGGGUAACCCAUUUGGCCUGCGUAGAUACUGAUGUCACGGAGCUGUUGAUCAUGGCCAAUAGCGGGCUUCUCUCUCUGAGCAGCUUCCUCUUCUUGCUCACCUCAUAUGCGGUCAUCCUGGCCACUCUCUGGCUCAAGUCAUCGGCUGCAAUGGCCAAGGCCCUCUCCACUCUGGCUGCCCACAUCACCGUGGUGAUCCUGUUCUUUGGGCCGUGUGUCUUCAUCUACAUGUGGCCCUUCAACACCUACCCUGUGGACAAGGUACUGGCCGUUUUCUACACUGUGGCCAACCCCAUCCUGAAUCCCGUCAUCUACACGCUAAGGAACAAGGACAUGAAGGCAGCUCUGAGACACCUGAGGACCAGAUGCCUAUGGACUGAGAUGGUAGCUGAGACCUUCCAGACUGUUCUUGGCCCCCACCCCUUACACGCACACUUCCACAGGACAGUGGUCCCCAAGAGCAAAGACGUCUCAGAUGAAGACACUACGGACCUGACGUCUUCUCGCCUCUCGUGGCACAGACUUGGCUCAGAGCCAAGAAGCAGGGUCCGGACAGGGCUGGGCUCGGGCCUCGGGGAGACCGAGACCGAGGACAAAUGGCAAGACCAGUGA